UGUUGGGAUCGAUAGAUUGGCAGAGGAAAAGAGAGGGAUUUGGAGAUGUGGGCGGCGUCUUGCUUGGCAUCUUGCUGCGCGGCCUGCACCUGCGGCCUCUGCACCUCCGUCGCCUCCGGGGUCUCCCGCCGCUCAGCUAGGCUCGCCUACUGCGGCCUCUUCGCUCUCUCCCUCAUCGUUUCUUGGAUCCUCCGCGAGUUCGCCGCUCCUCUCCUCGAAAAGCUCCCAUGGAUAAAUACUUCUUCAGAAACUCUACCAACAGAAUGGUAUCAAACAUCUGCAGUCCUUCGCGUGAGUCUGGGGAAUUUCCUGUUUUUCACUAUCUUUGCUCUUAUUAUGAUUGGUGUCAAGGACCAGAAUGACAGAAGAGAUUCUUGGCACCAUGGUGGAUGGAUUGUGAAACUUGUAGUGUGGGCAUUGCUUAUUGUCCUGAUGUUUUUCCUUCCAAAUGUGGUUGUUACAAUUUAUGCAACACUAUCAAAGUUUGGUUCUGGACUUUUUCUUCUGGUUCAAGUGAUGCUACUACUUGACUUCACACACACAUGGAAUGAUGCAUGGGUUGAGAAAGAUGAGCAGAAAUGGUACAUUGCUUUAUUAGCUGUUUCGGUUAUAUGCUACAUUGCUACAUAUUCAUUUUCUGGAGUUCUUUUCAUGUGGUUCAAUCCCUCUGGUCAAGAUUGUGGCCUCAAUAUCUUUUUCAUAGUCAUGACCAUGAUCCUAGCGCUUGCAUUUGCAAUUAUCGCGCUGCAUCCGAAGGUGAAUGGGAGUCUCUUGCCUGCUUCUGUAAUCAGUGUUUACUGUGCAUACCUCUGCUACAGUGGCCUCUCAAGUGAGCCGAGAGAUUAUGCAUGCAAUGGUCUUCAUAACCAUUCCAAAUCAGUUUCCAUUGGCACCCUUGUUCUUGGAAUGCUCACCACAGUUCUUUCUGUUGUAUACUCUGCCGUUAGAGCUGGAUCUUCCACCACAUUUCUCUCGCCUCCAUCUUCCCCAAAGACAGGUUCGAGCAAACCGCUUAUUGAAUCAGGUGAUAUGGAGUCAGGAAAAGACGAUAGUAAAGCUGCCGAUGCACAGCCAGUUAGUUACUCAUACACAUUCUUCCAUCUGAUAUUUGCUCUUGCCAGCAUGUACUCUGCCAUGCUUCUUACUGGUUGGACAAGCUCAACAUCUGGUAGCUCAGAACUCAUUGAUGUUGGAUGGACAUCUGUUUGGGUGCGAGUCUGCACGGAGUGGGUCACUGCUGCUCUGUAUGUCUGGACGCUGGUGGCACCGUUGGUAUUACCUGACCGUGAAUUCUCAUAAUCCGGGAGCCCCUUUUAAACAAUUUAGGUUGGUCUAUGUUUGGUGCUAUCUGAAGCAGUAUGGCUACUAGUCUAUUUGGUUAAAAUAACAUGCUUUUAGUUGCACCAUGUAUAUAUAUCUAUUUGCUCAGGUAUGCAUGUUGUAUUCAGCGCUUAAGUUAUAAGAUAAUAUUGAGACUAAUUCCAGUGUAUAUGUUUUUGUAUCAAUACUAUGAAUUAUGCUGGUGCCAUUGGCUUGCAUUUUUCGUA